AUGCGUCGACAUUCUAAGACUUUGCUGCUAUUCUGCUCACUAUGGCAUGCCAUAUUGUGCGCUGAGCUCAACACAACAGUGGCGCAAGUGAAAUUAUUACCGGCCGACAUACAAGACCUGCAAACUCGGAGUAAUGCAAGCGCAGCGCAGUCACUGCCGCUAGCAGAAAAUGAUGGCGAGGAUACAGAAACAGUUGAGGCUCACCAAGAAGCUGCUGCAUUAGAAGUCCACUCAUCGGAGGAAUCAUCGCGUUAUCGACGCCAGCUCUUCUACGAUCCCUCUCUUUUGAUGCUCACGAAUUUCGGCGCUGAAGGUAGUAAAUGCAUUACUUCGCGCGGUUACGCUGGCAUCUGCGUGCGCUUCACUGCCUGCCAGCAAUUUUAUCGUUUCAAACGACAACUUAAUUUUCUCGCCUUGCGUCAGUGGCCCCAAACACCGGGCGUAGGACAGGAUAUAUGCAGUUUCUACGAUCCAUUUGGACGUCCAAAUAGUGGCAUCUGCUGUACGGGCACAUUUAUGGGCAAUGGUUUGGGAGGUGCUGGCAUGCUUCCACCUUUUAUCUACCCGGGUGGUGUGAAUCCCUUACCCACACCACCUACCAUACCAACAAGACCGUCAAAUGAACCCGAAGAGGACGAGUUGGAAGAGGAAAAAGAUGAGGAAGAUAUUAUUGAGUUGGAUCACCCAACGGAAAUUGAUCCCUUAGUGGAUCCAUUACAUGUGCCAGCAGCUGGUGGUAGGCCAGAAUUUCAGGCAGAAAACAAUGUCGUCUAUGAUCCCAUCAAGGAAGAUGAGGAUAGCAAACCGCAAACUACUACAGGCACACCAGUAUCGACGUACAAUGAAUUUGCCUAUCAAUGGCCAAGUCAGUUUGGAAAUCAAUUUACAGGCGCACACCAAUGGCCACCACCAUUACCAACACACCCACCGUCCGCCGCUGUAUGGCCGCCGCCAUUGCCAACACAUCCACCCAAUCACCACUAUCCAACACACGCUUCGGUGACCACUAGACCAACAGCGCACACAACCACACGUCGCACCACCACAAAGCGGCCAGCCACAGUGACUACUCCACGACCAACCACAACAACAACACGUCGGCCAAGUUAUCCUAGUUACCCUGGAUACCCUGGUUAUCCCAAUUAUCCGACAUAUCGUCCGACUGCAGCGCCAACAACAACACAUCGUCCAACGUACCCCGCAACGCCAAUCUCAAGUGGCUCCUCUAAUCACGGCUUACCUGCGCAAUGCGGCAUUAAGAACCCAGCAACGCCGGAUCAGGAACGUAUUGUGGGCGGCACCAAUGCGAGUCCACACGAAUUUCCAUGGAUUGCGGUGCUCUUCAAGUCGGGCAAACAAUUCUGUGGCGGCAGUGUGAUUACGAAAAAUCAUAUUUUGACAGCGGCGCAUUGUGUGGCCAGAAUGACGUCAUGGGAUGUGGCGGCACUAACGGCACAUCUUGGCGACUACGAUAUACGCACCAAUUACGAGGUGCAACAUGUUGUGCGCCGCAUUAAACGUUUGGUGCGCCAUAAGGGUUUCGAUUUUAGUACAUUGCACAACGAUAUAGCCAUAUUGACUGUGAAUGAGCCCAUGAAGUUCACCUACGAAGUGCAACCGAUUUGCUUGCCCACCGGCAGCAGUCAGCUAAGCCGCAGUUACAGCGGCAAGGUGGCGACCGUAGCUGGCUGGGGUAGUCUGCGCGAAAAUGGUCCACAGCCAUCAAUUCUGCAGAAAGUGCAGAUACCAAUUUGGGCGAAUCAAGAUUGUGCGCGGAAGUACGGGCGUGCGGCGCCGGGUGGCAUUAUUGAGUCGAUGGUGUGCGCCGGGCAGGCGUCUAAGGAUUCGUGUAGUGGCGACUCCGGCGGUCCGUUGAUCGUUAAUGAGAGCGGCCGUUAUACGCUGGUCGGUAUUGUGUCUUGGGGCAUUGGUUGCGGCAAGGGUGAAUAUCCGGGCGUCUAUACGAGAAUCACUUCAUUGCUGCCUUGGAUUUAUAAGAAUAUCAAAUAG